AUGGGACAACAGAUGAGGGUCAAGGGAGUCUUCAUUCUAGAACCUGAGAUCUUCUGGAAAGAGCUGACUUCUGCAUCCAGUCACCAGAUACCAAGUAAACAUCCUGAUACCUCUGAGGAGAGCCAGGCAAUGGAGUCUGUGAACAACCUCUGCAGUCAGUAUGAGGAGAAGGUACGACCCCACAUUGACCUCAUCGACUCUCUGCGGGCUCUGGGUGUGGAGCAGGACCUGGCUCUGCCUGCCAUUGCUGUCAUUGGGGACCAGAGUUCAGGGAAGAGCUCUGUGCUGGAAGCACUGUCUGGAGUGGCCCUCCCCAGAGGCAGUGGUAUUGUUACCAGGUGCCCUCUUGUGCUGAAACUGAAGCAACUGAAGCCGGGAGCAGAAUGGAAAGGCAAGGUCAUCUAUAAGGAUACUGAGAUUGAAAUCUCAGACCCUUCACUGGUGGAAAAGGAAAUCAAUAAAGCCCAGGACUUGAUUGCUGGGAAAGGAUCGAAGAUUAGCUCUGAGCUCAUUAGCUUGGAGGUCAGCUCUCCACAUGUCCCGGACCUGACUCUGAUUGACCUGCCUGGUAUCGCAAGGGUGGCUGUAGAUGACCAGCCUGCAGACAUCGAACACAAGAUCAAGCAACUCAUCAGGACAUACAUCCAAAAGCAGGAGACCAUCAACCUGGUGGUAGUCCCCAGCAAUGUGGACAUUGCUACCACAGAGGCCCUGAGCAUGGCUCAGGAGGUGGACCCUGAAGGGGAUAGGACCAUAGGUAAGGAGAUUCUUCUGGAGGAUGGGAAGGCCACAGUGCCCUGUCUGGCAAAGAGGCUGACUAUGGAGCUCACCUCCCACAUCGAUAAAUCGCUGCCACUAUUGGAAUAUCAAAUAAAUAAGAGUCACCAGAGUGCAUGUGAGGAGCUGCAGAAGUUCGGCGCAGACGUACCAGAAGACAACAGUAAGAAGAUGUCCUUUCUGAUGAAUAAAAUCAAGAUCUUCAAUGAUAAUAUCAUGACUUUGGUACAAGCACAGGAAACCAUAUCAGGGGGAGACAGCCGGUUGUUUACCAAACUGCGAAAUGAGUUUCUUGCUUGGGAUGAAUGUAUUAAGGAACAUUUCAAAAAAAGCCUAGAUUCUCCUGAGUUACAGAGCAAGAUGGAAGAAUUUGAAAAUCAGUAUCGUGGCCGGGAGCUGCCAGGGUUUGUGGACUAUAAGGCAUUCGAGAACAUCAUCAAAAAGCAAGUCAAAGCCCUGGAAGAGCCCGCUGUGGACAUGAUGCGCAGGGUCACUCAGAUGGUUCGAAUCGCCUUCACAAAGAUUUCAUCAAACAAUUUUGGUGAUUUUUUAAACCUCCACUGUACUGCCAAGUCCAAAAUUGAAGACAUCAGAUUAAACCAAGAAAAAGAAGCUGAAAAGCUGAUCCGACUUCACUUCCAGAUGGAACAGAUCAUCUACUGCCAGGACCAAGUUUACAAGGAAGCCUUGAAGAAGAUCAGAGAGGAGGAAGCCGAGAAACAAAAGGCUAAGGGGUUAAACCCUGUUACUUUUCAAUAUAACUCUCAGUUUCCUCAAAAGGAGUUGACUACCCCCGAGAUGACCCAUCACCUGAAGGCCUACUACCAGGUGUGCAUAAGGAACAUUGGAAGACAGAUCCCUUUGAUCAUCCAGUACUUCACCCUGCAAACAUUUGGAGAGGAAAUGGAGAAAUCCAUGCUUCAGCUUUUACAGGACACCGAGAGAUGCAGCUGGUUCCUGGAUGAGCAAUGUGAUACCAGAGAGAAGAAGAAGUUCCUGAAGAGGCGUAUUUUAAGGCUGGAUGAGGCUCGGCACAAACUUACCAAAUUCUCUGACUAAUCAGGCUGACUAUGUUUGCUUUCCUGGUAGUUGCACAAUGAUGCUUUAGCUGCUUACCUUAAGGUAGUAUGUUGUCUUUAGACUGGAAGCAAGUUCUCUGCAAACUCUGAGGAGAUGAGGAAACAGGAGCUAUGGAGAGUCAUUCUACUUCAGUAAGACAUGACCGAGCUAUGGAGAGUCAUUCUACUUAUGACCCUCUCAAAGCACAGGAAGAUGGCACCUAUCAGGAUCCUUCCUGCUCCUAACUCUGCCUUUUCUUUGUCAGGACAAUGUACUGGCUGAGCACCUCAGAAGGGACAGCUCCAGGUUUGUGCUGUCCUGUCUGGAAGCAGUGCAAAAGCUGCCACAGGGUCUUGGUAGAACAGCUCUUUGUAGGCAUACAUUUUUUGUAACCUACUUUUAACAAGGGUUCAACCUCUCUUUUAGCCCGCCACCCAUCAGAGGUAGUGGAAGAGAAAAGUUAUUAGGCUGUGGGGGAAGAGGACCUGUUCAGCAAUAGUUCUUUGGGAGUGAGUUUGAUCUUCUUUGGCAGCAGUAUAGUCCCAUAGCAAACACCAAAUAUGACUCAGAAGAAGCUGCAGACCAGUCCUCUAGGCAGGCAGAUACCACACACAACCAGUGGCUAUAGUCCAGUACUUUCUGCAGGCAGACACAAAGCACAAAGCAGUAGCUGUAGUUCAAUCUUGAAGAAAGCUUGCCAGCCAGACUGAGGUGAGACUGCAGAAGUGACAAGCUGCUGCAGGAACCUCACAAGUAGUUCUUAGGCAAGUUUCCCUCAAUGGAGGUGUUACCACCAUUGAGCUCAACAAUGCUAUGUAAGGUGAACCAUUACAUGUAUGUUGUUAGUAAAGAAUAGCUAGGCGGAACAAACCAAACCAAUGCUCAGUUGCUUGUCUCCCAUUGUUUGUGGGGUUAUAUUUAUACUCCUUCAUCAUGAAUCCUUUCAUGUGCUUGCAAUAUCAAAAUAUCCUUUCACUUGUGUCUGCUUCAGGAAAACACUCUUUCACGUGUUUGCUUCAGCAAGACAUCCUUUCGCCUGUAUGCCCCAGGAACACAUCAUUUGACAUAACUAACUUUCCAGCAAAACUACAAGUUUCCACUUCAGCUCUUCCAAUAAAAUUCUUGCUAAAUGAUA